AUGAGAAAAUUCAAUCGUGCUUUAGCUAGUCAAGAUGGAUUGAAAGACGAAGAUAUUCGAGAGUAUAAAACUGCUCAUGAUUAUAUCCAACAGAUUGAAAAUUUAAGAAAACAUUUAGGAUCAAAACUAGUAUCCACCGACAUAUUAAUCGAGAACGUUCGUUCUGAACUUGAAAAAAGAAGUUUUAUUCUGAAAGAACAAGAUUUAUACAGUUCUUCGAUUGGAAUCCAUUUAGAUAAUUUUCAUUUACUUAAAAAUUUUUUCAAACAACUUGAAUCUUAUUACAUAAAAACAUGUAAAGAUUUUACCGAACGUUUUGAAUCUACAUUGAUACAAUCCGUACCAGAACUCAUUUCAACAAAUGAAUUUAAACAAGUAGCCGAAAAACUUUUGAUCAUAUCGAAAUGUUUACCCGUUCUAAAUCAUCAUUUAAAUGGAAAAGUUGAGGAAAACUAUCAUAACAUUAUCAAAUUAAUUUUACAAUAUUUGAAUAGUUUUUCUGAAAAAGCAAAUUCUAUUUUGACCAAAAUAACAUUAAGUAAUACUGAUAUAGAAAUUCUUGAAAAUUAUAUGAUCCUAUUGAGAACAGCGAAAGAAACAUCUUCGCUUCAAGAUGAAAUUUCUAAAUAUAUAGAAAUCAUGAAAAUAAAAAAUGAUAUUUCGAUCGAAACUAUCAAAGAUUUAAAUAAAAUUUACGAUGAAUUUAUUGUAAAAAUUAUUAAAUAUUUUGAUGAGAUAAAUUCAAGAAUUAAGGACCUUUUUGAAAAAAAUGGAAAUCAUGCACUUGAACUUGUCGAACAAUUAGUUAUUCAAAUGGAAAUGAUCCGUACUUUACCCGAAAUUGAAUCAGAAACUGCCCGAACAUUUUAUCAUAGUAUACAAAAUAUACGUGGAUAUAUGCAACAAUGGCAAAGAGAUGCCGAACAUCUUCUUGAUCAUCCACCAGGGAAGAUCAAUUUUAGACCUCUAAGAAGAGCAUUAUUACGUUUGAAAAAGACCAAAUGGAUCGAUCGUAUUUUUCCAGGUAGUUAUGAUUCGUUAAUGUGUCAUAUUCGGGAAGAAUUAGAAGAACAUGUUGAUCAGUUAGAACAUCAUUUACAAAAAUUGGAUUUUACUUUAAAAUGUCCGGAAAAUAUUCGUUUAGCACAGGAGAUUAUUGAGAAAAUCGAAUCAAUGAAGAUUUUAGAACAUACCAUUCCAGAAUUAACGAAUUAUCGAGAUCGGAUAAAUCAAUAUUUCCUUCGAAUUACAAAAGAAGUAUUCGAUCAUAUUCAGAAAACUUUCAAUUUAUCAGAUAAAACUACAAAUGAGCUAAAUCAAGAAUUGAUGGAAUUAGAACAAAUAAAAACUGAAUACGAGCAAUUGUAUCCAGCUCGCAUCAGUUUAAGAAAAUUUGGUUAUUCCGAUAUAAAUCAAGUGAAUCAUGAAAUUGAAAAUUUAAAAAUUCGACACCAUGCAGAACUUGAAAAAAUAGAAACUGAGAAAUAUACAAUUGAAUCUCAAUUGAAUGAGUUGAAUAUAAUUAUUCAACGUUAUAAACAUUUAACUUCUUCAAGAAUAGAUCUAGGCAUUAUUAAACAUGAUUUACAGGAUUCUCUAAAUAAAAUGAUAAAAAAUACUAAAAGUCAUGCAUAUUGGCUUGAUGGAAAAAUCGAACGACAGGAAGACAAUCGAGAGGAAAUUCGAGAAAUCAAUGAAAAUAUUACAAAAAUUCGAAUUGUUCUAAAUCGAUAUCGUAUUAUGGAAUUGAUAGAUGAACAAACAAAAAGUGUUCUUCAAAAGUUUGACAAUGAAAUUAAUCAAAUUUUAUCGACAGCUAUUUUAAAUGGCAUUAAGAAUAUUGAAAUAUUUAUCAAUGGUAAUAGUUUUCUUGAGGCUGAACAAUGUAUGGAAAAUCUCAUCCAUGCACAGCAAGAUUUAGCCGACCAUUAUACAUCGAAAUUCGUAAAUAGCAAAACAGAAGAAUUAAAAACAAGAUUAAAUAAUUUAACUGAUGAAAUUUUGCAAUUUUAUGAUUUUGCAGAUAUUAACAAUUAUUCGAAAAAUCCACCUAGAGAUCUUUUAGAUCGACUAAAGAAGGUUAGUUCAGAUGGUUAUGCUAGAUAUACGCAAGUUUAUAAUUCUUUAAUGGAAAAAAUUCGAGUAAAUUUUAGUCUAGCUGUAGAUAAAGUACAUAAUAAUUCAUCAAAGGAUCGUUCUGCAAAGAUACGAUCAAUCAAAAAUGCUUUUUAUCUUUUACCAGAUGAAUUAAAAACAAUAUUUCAAUUGCAAAUAGACCAAUUGAAUCAGUUAAAUAUCGAUGAAGACCAAUCGAUGAAGUUUGAUUAG